UGGAACAUUCUGUCAACAUGGAUAAUGACUUUGUCACUUCACACAUAACUUGCUAUGUUUACAUUAUAGCCUAUUAACAUGAUAAGACCCGAUUGAUGGCUUUAGAGGUUGCCAAGCUACGGUGUAAACAAGCCAAACUACAGUCUUAAUGGCUGACACCAGGAAAAUGGCUAAGUCACAAGGGGUAUCAUUAGAUCACUACCAAACUGAAGGAAUUUGUGGUGAAUUGUGAUGUUAUUUCUGUGAAAGGUGUUUACAGUUUUACAAGGAGUCGUCUUUGUAAACAUGGAGAGCGGGUUCUAAUGUUUCCACUGGCUAUAAGAUCUGAGAAGAUACUUUUCCUUAUUCAGCCUAUGUGGGUUCCCCUGAUCUGAGGAGGCAGUUCUUCAUUUGUUUGGGACUUGUCACCUGCUGGGUAUUGUCAAGUCUUAAAUACGUUCAGUCUAGAUACAGCUUUACCCGGCACCGUGUCUGUAACAGCAUGCUCAACAACACAGCAGCGCCUACCGAGCAGUUAUGGUCAUUGUGAAGGGAAUGUACGGCAGCCCUGAUGGGGAAAUCUCAUAUGGCAUCAAGAAGGUACUUGAGGAAUCUAUGCCACCGUUUGGCAUCACGACACUAAGUCCUGAUCUGAACACAACAGUUAACACAACAGGCAACAUGACGAGUGAUUAUCAGCAGAAACAGCAGGAUAUGCGGGACUUCUACAUCGGCCUGUCCCUCGCCAUCAGCUCAAGCAUCUUCAUCGGCAGCAGCUUCAUCUUCAAAAAACUUGGCCUGCUCCGCCUCGCAAAACACCAGUCCACACGAGCAGGCCAGGGCGGGUAUGGUUACCUCAAGGAAUGGAUGUGGUGGGCCGGCAUGAUCCUCAUGAUUGUUGGAGAAUUUGCAAACUUUGCUGCCUACGCCUUCGCCCCAGCCACGCUGGUAACUCCUCUGGGUGCCCUAAGUGUACUUAUAAGCGCUGUGCUGGCGUCACGGGUGCUGAAGGAGCACCUCAACCUGCUGGGGAAGGUGGGGUGUCUGCUGUGCAUCCUCGGCUCCACCGUCAUGGUCAUCCACUCCCCCAAGGAGCAGGAGGUCGGCAGCAUGGAGGCUCUCAAGGACAAACUCAUCGAGCCAAUGUUCAUCGUUUUUGGCAUCCUCGUCAUAUUGGCAGCUGUCAUUGGGAUAUUCUACUUCGUUCCUCGCUACGGCAACAAGAAUCCUCUGGUAUACAUCACCAUCUGCUCCGUCCUGGGAUCCUUCACCGUCAUGGGCUGCAAGGGAGUGGGCGUGGCCAUCAAGGAGACGUUCCGUGGGAGGAACGAGUUCACAAACUACCUGACAUACAUUCUCCUAUUUGUGGUGGUAGUGUGCAUACUCAUCCAGCUCAACUAUCUCAAUCGUGCUCUUGACACUUUCAACACGGCGGUUGUGACGCCAAUCUACUACGUGUUUUUCACAUCUGCUGUGAUAGCCGCAUCACUCAUUCUCUACAAAGAGUUCGGCAACAUGAAGGUGAUGGAUAUUCUGGGCAAUAUGUGCGGGUUCUUGACGAUUAUAUCGGGAAUAUUCUUACUUAAUGCAUUCAAGGACCAGAAUAUUAGUAUAUCAACGUUAGCCAGUGCGCGGAAAGAGCAGGUGUCCAAUUCUAAUGGGGAGCUGAGGAGUGUGACCGCUUAUGAUAAUUUUGAUGGUGACCAAGAGAGUUUGCUGGCCAAUGGGCAGAAUGAUGAACAGCUUCUGUCAGAAUAUCAUCAUCAAUGAUGGGAAUCUGGUGCUGACAGUCCCAUUAGGAAGAAAAACGAAUGUGAUGAACAUUGAGAUGACAAUAACAGGAGUAUGGCCUGGCAAAAGCCAGUAUUCCACCUACAAUAUUCCAGGUGAAGAUGUCUAAAUAAUCACAUAGAGCAACUAAGUUAUUCUUUUGUAUUGGACAAAUACUAUAUUUUGUGUAUUGAUACAUAGAAGUUAUUUUUGCUUGGAGUACAUUUGUUAUUAGGAUUAUGUGUCACUGUGAUACACUCUUUGAAGGAUGUAUGAGUUUCUCUUGGUCUUUGUGUGGUGGUCGAUCUAACACUGGCAGGGUGUCCAGACAGUGGUCUUGUAUGGUGGUCGAUCACUGGUAGGGUGUCAGGACAUUGGUCUUGUAUGGUGGUCGAUCACUUGUAGGGUGUCAGGACAUUGGUCUUGUAUGGUGGUCGAUCACUGGUAGGGUGUCAGGACAUUGGUCUUGUAUCGUGGUCGAUCACUGGUAGGGUGUCCAGACAGUGGUCUUGUAUGGUGGUCGAUCACUGGUAGGGUGUCCAGACAGUGGUCUUGUAUGGUGGUCAAUCUGACACUGGUAGGGUGACCAGACAAUGGUCUUGUAUGAUGGUCGAUCACUUGUAGGGUGUCAGGACAAUGGUCUUGUAUGGUGGUCGAUCACUGGUAGGGUGUCAGGACAUUGGUCUUGUAUGGUGGUCGAUCACUGGUCGGGUGUCCAGACAGUGGUCUUGUAUGGUGGUCGAUCACUGGUCGGGUGUCCAGACAGUGGUCUUGUAUGGUGGUCGAUCACUGGUAGGGUGUCCAGAUAGUGGUCUUGUAUGGUGGUCGAUCACUUGUAGGGUGUCAGGACAAUGGUCUUGUAUGGUGGUCGAUCACUGGUAGGGUGACCAGACAAUGGUCUUGUAUGAUGGUCGAUCACUGGUAGGGUGUCAGGACAAUGGUCUUGUAUGGUGGUCGAUCACUGGUAGGGUGUCAGGACAUUGGUCUUGUAUGGUGGUCGAUCACUGGUCGGGUGUCCAGACAGUGGUCUUGUAUGGUGGUCGAUCACUGGUAGGGUGUCCAGACAGUGGUCUUGUAUGGUGGUCAAUCUGACACUGGUAGGGUGACCAGACAAUGGUCUUGUAUGAUGGUCGAUCACUUGUAGGGUGUCAGGACAAUGGUCUUGUAUGAUGGUCAUUCACUGGUAGGGUGUCCAGACAGUGGUCUUGUAUGGUGGUCGAUCACUGGUAGGGUGUCAGGACAAUGGUCUUGUAUGAUGGUCGUUCACUGGUAGGGUGUCCAGACAGUGGUCUUGUAUGGUGGUCGAUCACUGGUAGGGUGUCAGGACAAUGGUCUUGUAUGGUGGUCGAUCACUGGUAGGGUGUCCAGACAGUGGUCUUGUAUGGUGGUCGAUCACUGGUCGGGUGUCCAGACAGUGGUCUUGUAUGGUGGUCGAUCACUGGUCGGGUGUCCAGACAGUGGUCUUGUAUGGUGGUCGAUCACUGGUCGGGUGUAGGUCAGUCACAGAUGUAUUCCCUGAAUUGUGAACCUCUGAGUGUUCUUUGAUCCAUCAAUGGUGGACAGUUCAUCUCAGUAGGAUUCCAGGCAUGAUAAUCUAUACCCUGUGUUUUUUCAACAAACAUGGGGAUUCGAUGGUCACAAUGGCUGCUGACUAUAUAUUGUCGAAUACCCUAUUUUCGAAAAGCCACAUUGAUCAUUAUUUGUUGUGUUGUAACGAUAGGGGUGACAUCAUAAAAGCAACGGAAUUCACAUGACAGUGCGCACAUCAGACCUGUCAACAUUGGGUUCAUGUGAGGCACAGAUCACCUGUCAGAGUAGUCUGUCUUUUUUACGAAUUUUGGUCCUGUCAUAAUGAAAUGUGAAAGUAAAACAGUGUCUACGUUUCUGUAAAA